CUUCGAGGGGAUCGGCAAGAGGAAGCGCGUGUUCCUGGGCGAGACCAAGCUGUACGCCAGGAAGUGUAAAUGGGGCACCGAGAUGAAGGAAAAGCCGGUACAGCGGCGGAAACCGUACAAGCGCACGCCGCACUUCCCCGAGCACGGCAUCUUCCACGGCGUGGGCGCCAGUGGAGGCGACAGCGGCGACUGGGCGCGACAGGCGGGCGACAGCUGCUGGCCAGGGGGUCCGGGCUACCAGGCCAAGCAGCUGAGGAAUGGCCUCUUCUCCUCCUCCUCAUCCUCCUCCUCCUACCCCGGCAUGUCGGGGCAGUCCUUCCCCAGCGCCAUGUGGGACGCCAGGUCGGUGUCCAGGAACGGCUAUCUGAUGGGCCGAUUGUCCACGGGGCAGGCGGGCGCGGCGCUCCAGAGCCCGGCCUCUAUCGCCGGCUACUUUCGUUCCCUCCUCGACUCGGACGACUCAUCCGACCUGAUGGACGUGUCGUUCUCGCAGGGCGGGCAGGAGACGUGUGGCGUUGCCGGGGGUGGGGGUGGGAGUUUCGGCUCCACAACCCCCUCCCGUCACCUCACGCACUUCCAGGAGAACUUUGACAAAACCAACUCCCCCAACUGUUCACAACCGGCCGGUGGCCAGAGCGCAGUAGCGGCGGCUUCCUACCCGCUGAUGGGCUCCGAGAACUCGGACAGCCUGGACUACGUCUCGUCCUUUCACUCGUCGGAGACGGAGAGCUUCCAAAGAGCGGCCGCCCAGACCACGCUGCCCAGACAGGCCGGACAUUCCUGCCAACAGGCCUGUGACAACUUCGGCCAUUUCGGGAACUAUCGGCUACGAGCCCAAGGCUUCAGUGGCUCGGACGCGCCGCUGCAGACAUCCCGGGACUUCUCCGGCCUGGAUUUCCUGGGCACUAGAGAUUGCUCCUUUGGCUUCGAGGCCAGCAACACCUCUCAAUCGUCUUCUUCGUCCUCUGCCGCCACUGACCAGUACACCCAACACACACUGGCGACCAAACUACACUUUAACCCCUCGUCUCCCUUCAAUUGUAGCACCAGACCCGACCCUCGCAGCCCAAUGUCGCUCCAAACCCCCCUCGUCUCUGACACUCAAUCAGACUCCGCCUGCUCCAUGGAUCACCCCUCAACCCAGAAAUACUUCGGCUCCACACAGCUGUCCAGCGACGGGAGGAUGGCCUUCUUUAGAGGGCUUCAGCUGGGUGCUAAAUCCGGCUUCAACCUGCCCGAAGGCUGCAUGGCCCACUUUAACCACCGCUACUCGCCGGUGCUGGAUUACAACAGCCUGAAUGAGUCCAAGGACAUCCUGGACAUCUCCAACUACACGCCUCGCAAGGCCAAGGUCCGAGCGUUGCCGGACACUCUGGCCGAGUCCUCGUCACACUUCAACGCCGCUUUUGGCAACGCGGACGGCGGCGGCGGCGGCAACGAGGAGAAGUCCAGCCUGUCCAGUCUGGAGAAGUUGAUGCUGGAUUGGGACGAGACCAUCCCGGGGGAGCGGGCUGGAGGCAAGUUAUGCUCCAAACGCCAGUGGAAUCACCACCAGCAGCAGCAGCAGCCGCCGUUCCCCAGCGACGCGCGGGUGGGCUAUGGCCGGAGGAAGAGAGCGGACAUGUCCAGCCCCCCUCACAUGCUUUUCCCAGCCUCGCCCCCCUUCCUCCCGAGAAAGACCCCCGCCCCCCGGCAGGCACGCAACACCCGCAGCCCCUCCGUCUCCAAUAAGAAAGACCAGGCUGCCCGCAAGUCAAAGUUGCUGCAGAAAAUGCCAGCAGCGUCCAGCCCGGCCUUUGCCGACGCCCCGGACUGCGCUCUGGACUAUGGUUAUAGUGGCGACACCCCAGUCCCCACUGCCCACACCUACCCCGUGGCCAAGGGCGAGCAGAAGGAGUUUUGCGGCUUGUAUUCGCCAAGUUGCAGCCGCUCCAUGCCGGAGGACACUAGUUACCCGGUGGGCAGGUUCGCCAUGGCCGCCAAUGACAUCGGCGAGGCGGUGUCCGGACUUUACCCGGAGCUGAAACAAGGCGCUGGUCAAACCGAGCAGCUGCAGUCCAUGGGGCAGGACCAUGAGCGGCUGCUGCCGGACACACGGGAACUCUUCCCCAUCCACGCCCCGGGACCCUACGGCGGCAAUCUCGACCCCACCGACCCGGCCAAGAAACUGGCGACUUUCUACGACUCGUUAGACAACAGCACGGACAUUCACCCCCCGACCAGUCGCCAAUUGCUGGCGACUCAGCUCCAGUUCGAGGCGGAAAACGCUUCUGUGUUGGAGACGAGCGCUCGGUAUUUGCAGAAUUCCUCCGCCGCUUACAGCUCGCUGGAGGAGACCAAGAAAGAUGCCGAGCUGUCGUCCUUGUUCGCGAUGCAGAGGAGAAAUAAUAUCCCCACCACGGGCAGACCCCAGAACGCGGUGGCGCAGCUGGAGAAACAGGCGCAGAAACUGGCCCUGGAUUACGGCGGCUCCCCUUACAGCAGCGGCACCAUGGCCAUCGCCUCGCCCGCCUCCAGCGACUCCUCCAUCCACCUGGACCCAGGCGGCAGCUACAACGACAAACAGGGGGGCCGGAGAGUGGCGCCAAUGGGCUUACUCAUGGACCACGGUCAGGAGGAACUGUACACGGGCAGCGCUUCACAGUGACGCCGCCAGGGGCGCUCAGUGGCACCAGGAUGAUCGGUUCGAGGGCUUCGUGGAGCAAGUCAGAAGGCACAUUAUCUGCAUGAAUUCAUUGGAGGGGGUUUUUGUGGUGAAGUGACUGAUCCAGGAGGGACUGGAGUUUUGACUUUCGAGACAUGCGAAGAAGUGUGGAUGUGCAGAGACAAUCACAGCAAACUGUGGGGAGCGGAGCGGAGCGGAGGAUGCGGACAUUGCACUUUGACGCAGCGGAACAUGGCCCGUCGCAACUUUCACGUUUGAAACAAAAAUACAUUAAAAAAACUGGCUGCAAAAAUGCUGAUUCUCUCUCAUACACAAUCCAUCUUUUACACAGCAACACUAAAUGAGGUAUUUCGAUGCACUUGUUCAGCUGGUGGGUAUAAAGCUUGUACAGUGUAAAUAUGACCUCAUUUUGUGAUCUUUCAGUUUAAGGCUUUGAGAACUGUGUGUGUGUGUGUGUGUGUGGAGGGGGGGGUGUGUGGGGGGGGGGGUUCCUCUUUGGAGCCUGACCAGGACAAGACAUGUAUGAAGAUACUGUAAAAUUGCCAUGGACAUAUUUUCCUGAAAUGCCAUUUUCCCUGUUGUCUCUGGAAACUGUUUUUUUUUUAACCUGGAAAUAUCAGUGAGCCUGCUGCCUGGAAACCUGAAGUAGCGCCUGGAACGAACGAGUAUUGCACACAGCCCCAGCUGACGGGCGGACGGACGAAAGGCAAGGAGGAAAUGCACCGGACCUUUUUUUUUUUUUUUUUUUGAAGAGAGUGGCAAAAAAACAAUUAGGGGAUGAUGAAGGGAAAGGAUCGCACUAAUUCUUUACUCAUUUUCCUUCAGAUUACCAGAGAGAGAGAGGGAGGGAGGGAGGGAGAGAGCGGGCGAGAGAACAUGGGGCACUGAACUGCCAUGCCGUUAGUGUUUUGGCAGCUCAAUAAUUGCUUGGGAGGCAGCAGAGAUUGCUGAAGUAGCGAAGGUGUCAACAGCUCUUUGAUGCAUUUUCUUUGUCACCUCAUUAUGCAGUGACAAUACAUGUUGUCUUAUUAUAAAUACAUAUGUUUUUUUUUAAAUAAAAACGAAAAUGUACAGUUUUUUAUGAACAGUAUUUAACCAAGGAGAGUGUAGACGUGUCGACAGGGCACCCAGCAGUUUGUCCUUGUACAGAUGUAUCUGUAAAUUCUUUAUAUCAAUAUAACAUGUGCGUGCAAAAUGCACUGAGAUAUUUGCCUGGAGAAUGACAGUUCUAACAUAUUUAAUGUAUAUAAUGUUUUAUUUAAGAUGUGUUUUUAUUGUACUCUGUACCUACCUGUAGUGUUGUCGUGAGGUUGCAAGGUUCAUUUUACGCACAUGUUUUUGCCUUCAUGCAGGUGUGGACCCAAAGAUAUAUCUUUGUAAAACAA